AUGGGUAUCGAAAAAAUAACACGAAAGAGAAAAACAUUAUUAGGCCGUCUUACUAACAAAUUCCUGCCUAAUCUAUCGCAAUCUUCCAAACGUGAUCAAUCGGUUCAAACAAGUCUGAAUGUUUCUCAAACAUCGUCGCAAUUAACAGCAACAGUUUUGGUCCAUAGUCAAUUAAGACAGCAAACAUGCUCACCAAAUAAUUCCGCUAUUAAUACCAGCACUCGUACUCCACAUACGUCUCGUCGUCGUCGUCGAUCGUCAUUGAAAGCUUUCAUCGUUUCGCAUUCUCCAAAACCAAUUCCACUCGUUCACCGUACACGUCGCCGCAGCGUUGAUCUAAAAACACCCAAACGCCUCAGCUCGGAAUGUCUUCAAGUAGCAUUGAUCCGAAAAAUCCAACCAGUAAAUCGAUAUGGCUCACCAUUAGCUCUUUCGUCAACCGCAUCCAAUAUUAUCUCCGUCACUCGACAAAGACCAUAUCUUGCUUCACCAAAAGAUUCCUUCGAUUAUCCAACUAUGUCUCACUAUAGUUAUCCACAACAAUUAUUUGCUGAUGAAAUGACAACUCGCGAGGAUUUAUUUUCCAUCGGGCCAAUGAAAUGGAGCACACCAAACCGAACAAUUGUAUACAAAACAUCAAGUCCGUACAAUCGUAAUAAUUUCGAUCAUCACCGUCGUUUAUGUACAGUCGAUCAACUUUCGUUUUCAAAUAUUCUUGAUGGCAGUGAUUGA